CGUUGAAACGACUUGACGUUAUCAUGGCUCGCCUAUUAUGUUUUUUAACUCUUUUUCUGUUUUUCAAUGCAGAUGCUAAUUGGGUUGCAGAAUAUGGGCCCUUUAAAACUUUUCUAUAUUCUGAUUGGAUAACAUGUCAAUAACAAAAAAAAGUAAUAAAUGCAAAUAGUAUGACUGCGUUAUAAGACUUCCCUAGUUUAAAUAUUUUGUGAUGAACAUUAAAAAGUAAAUGAAUUAUUGUAACAAGGUUCAAAGAGUUUAUCGUGGUCGUUCAUACAUUUAUCUAUUUAUAUAUAUUUAUAGAAGACAUGCACAUGUGUGGACGACAGAAGGUCAUGUACAUAUUAAAAAUACUGACAUUUUAUGCAAUAGCAUUUAUCCAAGAUGUCAUUACAGAAACCUUGCUUUCAAUGAUAUACGAACGUGAUCGUAAUACGAGUAAGCAAACUGAUCUAGUAGUGGAUGAUGCACAAGUAUUUUUUUAUGACUUUCAAAAUAAUAUCAAUUAUACUCAUACAAUAAACUACGCUGCGGAGACACUAAAUAAUGUUUACAACUUAGAUGUUACGCGACAGCUUAUAGUGUUCAUCCCCGGGUAUAAGUCGCACAUCAAUCGGAACGCUCCAGAGCUUAUAAAGGCUGCCUUCAAAGAUGUACCAAAUAUUUAUCUCAUUGUAAUAGAUCAUUCGAUUUAUACGUCAUCUAAAGGGGGACGACUAAAAAGUUAUGAGCGUUCCGUAACCUAUACAUAUCCUUUAGGUGUAAUUGUUGGAGAAUUUUUAGCUAAAUUGAGGAACGUGGGAUUUUCGUCCAAAAAUAUUCACUGUAUUGGUCACAGUUUGGGAGGACAAAUUUUAGGCUACGCAGGAACGAAAUACUUCAAGGUUACGGCCGAAAAAAUAUGGAGAAUUACCGGAAUUGACCCAGCGGGACCUUGCUUUUCCAAUUCAUUAAUUGACGAGCAAUUAAGAUCCGGCGUUGCGGAGUAUGUUGAAGUUUAUCAUUGUAAUGCGGGAGGCUUGGGAACAACCAGCGUUCUAGCUGACAUAGACUUCUUCAUUAACAAUGGAAAAGUUCAGCCCAACUGUGACGGAAGUUUUCUCUCGUUAGGGGAUUCAGAUGCGAAGUGCAGUCACAAAUCUUGUGUGAAAUAUUGGACAGAAACAGUUCAACAUCCUGGAUGGUAUUUGGCCUGGAAAUGCGAUUCAUACAAGCUGUUUUCGGAAGGAAAAUGUGCUGGUAACGAAGUGACCAUCGGUGGAUAUACAAAUCCAGGUAAUUCUACUGGUGUAUUCUAUAUCUCUACUGAAAUUUAUGGGGUUUUUUAAUUAUAGAAAAUGUUGUUAUAGUGUAAAUAGUAUGAAUUAAAUAAAUCAAUACCUACUAA